ACACAGUUCUCGUAAGCUAAAUCCAUCAAGAACAGGCUCAACAAUGUCUGGACGCAGAUUGGAGGGCAAAAUCGUAAUCAUAACGGGCGGAGCAAGCGGCAUUGGGGCUGAGGCCGUCAGGUUGUUUACUGAACACGGCGCUCGAGUCGUUAUCGUUGACGUACAAGACGAGCUCGGUCAAAACGUUGCCGUUUCGAUCGGAGAAGACAAGGCAAGUUACUAUCAUUGCGAUGUCACAAACGAGACGGAAGUAGAAAACGCCGUUAAGUUCACCGUAGAAAAACACGGAAAGAUUGACGUUCUGUUUAGUAACGCCGGCGUUAUAGAGCCGUUUGUGAGCAUCUUAGACUUAAAUCUCGACGUGUUAGACCGAACAUUCGCCGUUAACCUCCGUGGCGCAGCCACAUUCAUCAAACAUGCGGCACGUGCCAUGGUGGAGAAAGGCACGCGCGGCUCCAUCGUUUGCACCACCAGCGUUGCAGCUGAGAUCUCCGGGACAGCACCACACGGAUACACGGCGUCGAAGCAUGGGCUAUUGGGUUUGAUCAAAUCGGCUUCAGGUGGAUUGGGAAAAUACGGGAUACGAGUAAACGGCGUUGCGCCGUUUGGGGUUGCCACACCGUUAGUUUGCAACGGUUUCAAGAUGGAGCCAAACGUGGUGGAGGAGAACACGUCAGCGUCGGCGAAUCUAAAGGGCAUUGUGUUGAAAGCUCGCCACGUGGCAGAAGCCGCUCUGUUUUUAGCGUCGGAUGAGUCGGCUUACGUUAGCGGACAGAACCUGGCCGUUGACGGCGGUUACACGGUGGUUAAGCCGUAGCUACAACUGGGCCACAAAGAUCCCAUGAUGAUGAUUAUUGUAUAACAAAUUUAGUGGGUCAAAAGUUGACUUAGAGACAUUGGAAUUUUCCUUGAAACGUGGGAAUGUGGGAUGUUGCAUUUUUAUAUAUGGAUCCAUUAUCCAACCCAUUGCACAUCUCGAGGAUAAUAAACAAACUAUAACUAUUACAAACUUGUUUAAUCAAAUAA